AGAAAAGCCUUUUAGCACCAGUCCACGACCCCUGAAAUGAUUUCCCCUACUUGCUCCUCAACUAUAUAUACCACUAACCCAAGCAACCAGUUUUUACAUCCACUAACUUAGAGAAUCCCGAGCAACCAACGACAACAAAUGUCCCUUCUCCUCGAAGACAAUCCCCAAGGGGCCACGAACAAAGCACACGCCCAUGAAGACCAAAACGAUAACGACGUCCCCGUGAACAAAAAAACCACAUUCAACGGCCGCUUAAAUCAAUACUUCCACAUCUCAAAAUCCACCUCUACUUCUACAACACAAGAAAAACAACAAAAACAACCCAUCCCCUUCUCCUCACCCCUCAAACGCAAACGAGACACCCAAACCAUCCUACCAACAACACGAAUAACCCGAUCUCGAUCCCGAUCCCACACCCCAACCGCCACCCGCAAGAAACCCACCCCAACACCUACACCUACACCUACACCUACACCCACAGACUCCCUCCUCCGCGACACCAUCCCUCCAAACCUAACCCUCCUCCUCGUGGGCGUAAACCCCGGAAUCCUAACCGGCACAACCGGUUACGCCUACGCCCACCCAAGCAAUCUAUUCUGGAAACUCCUCCAUUGGUCUGGCAUCACAUCCAUCCGGCAUCCGCCCUCAGAUACAUACCGACUUCCUGAGCUAUAUAAUAUUGGGAAUACGAAUAUAGUGGAACGGCCGACUCGGGAUGCAAGUAUGCUGAGCAAGGCGGAGAUGGAUGCGGGAGUGCCGGUGUUGGAGGCGAAGGUUGCGGCGAUGAGGCCGGAGGUGGUGUGUUUGGUGGGAAAGAGUAUUUGGGAGGCGGUUUGGAGGGUUAGGCGUGGGAGGGGGAUUAAGAAGGAGGAGUUUAGGUAUGGGUGGCAGGGGGAGGGGGAGAAUAUGGGGAGAGGUGAGGGGUGGGAGGGGGCGAGGGUGUUUGUGGCUACGACGACGAGUGGGUUGGCGGCGGGGAUGUCGAUGGGGGAGAAGAGGGCGGUUUGGGAGGAGUUGGGGAGGUGGGUUACUUUACGGCGGGAGGAGAAAAGGAGGUGA